AUGUCGAAUACCCUUGCUUUCCUCUUCACCUUUGUGGCUGGCAUUGUAGCCGCCCUCAUCCUUAUCACCUUCUCCAAGUACCUCAUUGCCAUUUUCCCAAAGAGGUACAAGCCUGCGCAAGAUCCCAAGGAUGACCAUUACCAGGUCCUCGUCCUCGGUGACAUUGGGCGCAGCCCCCGCAUGCAAUAUCAUGCUCUUAGCAUUGUGAAGAGCGGUUCCAAGGUCGACCUCGUUGGUUACAAGGAAACUGCCCGACAUCCUGGUCUUGUGGGUAAUCCCAAUGUCGGCCUCUACCCUCUGACACCGCAGCCAGAGUGGCUCCGAUGGCAGAUGAGUCUGUUUAUUGGCUUGCCGCUCAAGGCAGUAUGGCAGUCGUACGACCUCUUUUGCACUCUCGCAUAUACGGCGCCCGCUGCCAAGUGGAUCAUUAUUCAGAACCCCCCUUCCAUCCCGACUCUCCAUGUUGCCCUCAUCGUCGCCUGGCUUCGAGGUAGCAAGGUCAUGGUGGACUGGCACAACUACGGCUACACCAUCAUGGCCGUCAACCGGAGCCCUCGCAAUCCCCUGGUCAAGUUGUACAAGCGCUACGAAUGUUUCUUCGGCCGUCGCGUACCCGACGUCAGCGUCACUGUUACCGAAGCCAUGGCUCGCCAUAUGCGCGAGCCGCCCUUCUCAUUGAAGAUGCCGAUCCUAACCCUCCACGACAGACCUGCGGCUACCUUUCAACCUAUGACUUCCCAGAAAGAACGCAAAAAAUUCCUCUCGGAGCUUCGCGAGACCAAGGACCAUGCCGACGACAUCAUCGCCGGAAAGACCCGGUUGGUGGUCAGCAGCACGUCCUGGACUCCCGACGAGGACUUUGGCAUCUUGCUCGAGGGCCUGAUCAAGUACGCGGCAGGCGACCCAUCCGACGAAUCCUCCAAAGGAAAGGCGACGCCUCUCCUCGUCAUCAUUACCGGGAAGGGCCCCCAGAAGGCCGACUUUGAGAAAAUGAUGAAGAACCUGAAAGCGGGAGGACAUCUCCCCAACGUCGACAUCACCACCGCCUGGCUCUCCACGCGGGACUACGCUAGUCUUCUUGCGGCCGCAGAUCUCGGCGUAUGUCUCCACCGCUCUAGUUCGGGCGUCGAUCUACCGAUGAAGAUUGUCGACAUGUUUGGUGCCGGCUUGCCUGUUGCCGCCUACUCGGCCUAUGAGAGUUUCGACGAGCUCGUUGAAGAGGGCGUGAAUGGGUGCGGUUUCGAGACAGCUGAAGACUUGAGCGUCAUCCUCAGGAGAUUACUCUCCGGUAAAGACACCGAACUCAAGAAGUUAAAGCAAGGAGCUGUGAAGGAAGGGAGCAGGAGGUGGGAUGACGAGUGGGAUCCCGUUAUCGGAAAGGCUCUGGGCCUGGUUACAUAG